AUGGGGUCGCGGAGCGGACUCGAAACGCACGACCUAACCGCGCUUAUAUCGAGCACCGGGGGAUCAACAGUAUACCCCAACGAAGAGACUAUCCUUAAUGUUCUGCAGACUAGGUUUAGGGCGGAUGAGCCAUAUGUCCGUAUCGCAGGAACCACUCUUGUCGUCGUCAACCCACUCAAGUCUCUGGCCAGCGUAAACGAUCUCAGUGCUACCGAGUAUGCAAAACUCUCUAGAGCGGUCGAAAAACCCCAGUUACAGCCGCACGUGUAUGAGCUUGCAGCUCGCGUGUACGCGAUGAUGAAAAGGACUGGAAUCCCACAGACAGUUGUUUUUAGGGGAAUUACGGGAUCAGGCAAGUCUCACACAGCAUCGCUAUUUUCGUCCCAAUUGGUUCGACUAUCGGCGCGGUCCGGUCCAGCCUCGCAAGUAGCCGCUCAACUCGGAGCACUACAGACCGUCUUGACGUCGUUCGGUCAUGCGAAGACCUCUCAUACCGCAUCGGCAUCCCGGUUUUCAUGCUAUACCGAACUAUACUUCGAUUCACCUAAUCGGGCACAUCUUACUGGUGCCAUUGUACACACAUUCGGCCUUGAUAAAAGGCGACUGUCCCGACUUGCUCACGACGAGCGCACAUUCCAUGUCUUUUAUCAACUUUUGGCCGGAGCCACAGCCCAAGAACGCGAUUCCCUGGUUUUGGGCGAUAUGACAGAUUAUAAUUUGCUGGCAUCCAGCGGUUGUUACCGUCUUCCUGCCGGUCCCUUCUCCGAUGACGCACUGGCCAUGCUCGAUCUACGAGACGCACUCAAAACUCUCGCUUUUAAGCCCAAGCAUAUCACCUCCAUUUGGUCUCUCCUCACAGCGAUCCUUACUCUUGGCAACAUUCAAUUUGCCGAUCACGGCGGAACCACCAAUGAGGCAAGGGGCGAAUCGGCUUAUGUCACCAAUCCCGAAGUGCUCGAACAAGCCGCCACACUCCUUGGUGUGCCAUCCGAGCAGCUAUCAGACGCGUUGACCGUUCGGACCAAUUAUAUCCGACGCGACCUAUUUACUUCGGUUCUCAAUGCCCCAGAAUGUGCCAAGCAGACUGAGCAGCUUGCCAUGGACUUGUAUGCAAUCCUCUUCGCCUAUGUCAUCGAGAGCGCCAACCAUCGCAUUGCUCCCCGCGACGUCGACCAAGUUCCGGAAUCAGCCGGUAUAAUUGCAAUGCUCGAUACACCUGGCCAUCAAGCACGCAGCAACGGGGCAGGUACACUUUUGGCCAGUGCUCUUUCUGAAAAUGGAUUCGAGGAGUUUUGUGCCAACUUCCAAGCAGAAUGUAUCAACGCAUUUGUCCUGCGUCACGCUUUUGACGACACGAUCGGAUUAAGCUCCCGCGUGACUUCCGAUGGCAUUUCCUUGCCAACCGUUCAACUUGUCGAUAACUCUGCGUGCGUCGAGCUUCUUCGUGGUGUCUCUGCACCAGGUAGUGUCGAGCGCCCUGGAGGCGUCAUUGGCCUAAUAGACAAGGCUGCGCGUGGUGUUAGCAAUGGAUCCGGUUUACCGCACUCCAAUGACCUCUUGCAAGAUAUGGCUCACGCAUUCGGAGUUCAUGCCUCGUAUAUCACGUCUCCGUCGUCUAGCGCCGCUGCUGACCAAGCCCUAUUUGGAAUCGCUCAUUACGCUGGUUCUGUCUCGUACGACGUUCGCGACUUCGUCGCCCGGGAUGUUGACACUCUCGAUCCGGGUGUUCUCAAUGUUCUCCGCCGUACAAACGAGCCGUUCAUCGAAAAGCUCAUUGCCGGCCCUGCAGUCCGCGUCGAAAUGCACGCGCGAGAACGAGGCGUUGUGGUUCGCGCGCAAGUCGGCUCGCGCGCAUUGCGUAUGCCCAAUUCGCGACUCCGCCGCUCAACUGAAAAUCGUGAAGAGCUCGAUCCUGAGGGAAUUUAUCCUGUGAUGACCCAAUUAUCUUACGCGCUCGGCGUUGCCACCGAUGCUCUUGGCGGCGAGGGUGCAGAACAAGACGGUCAGAAUGUGCCGGUGCUGUGGAAUGUGACUUGCAUUCGUCCCAACGACUCGCAGACGCCCAACAGUUUCGACAAGCGACGAGUCCGGGCCCAGAUUCGGGCGCUUGGUUUGCGCGAAAUGGUCGAGCGCAAGAUUGGCGAGGUUGUGAUCGGCGUGCCCAGACAAGAGGGAGAUGAUCGGUACGGUCCUGGGAGUGGCUGGGAGCGAGAAGGUGUCGAAGGCCGAGAUUGUGUUUGGUUGGGAUACGAACCUUGGAAAGCACUUGAAGAUCAGGUCCGGACUGGAGAGCCCGGGGAAGGUGAAGAAGAGCCGGCUGAGCCUGUUCGAAGCUAUGCGCGACAACAUGAUCGGACUACGAGCGCGGCCGGUAUCGGGGAUGGCGCCGAGGAUUCAUUGCUUCCCGAAAAUAGCCCGUUUGCUGACGCCAAUGCUGCCGAUUGGGACCGCAAGGCAUCGUAUGCUACUCUUCCUACUCCUCCCUCUGGUACCGCCGCUACGACACCGGGUACUCCCGAACUCGGCGUUCUCCCCAACAAGGAAAAACCGGUCAUGAAAGGACACAAAGAAGAGGUUGCCGAGACGCGUGUGCGUAAGGUCUGGAGGGUCUUCACCUGGAUGUGCACUUGGUGGAUCCCCACGUACCUCCUCAUUCAUGUCGGCAGGAUGAAGCGCCCCGACAUUCGGCAAGCCUGGCGCGAGAAAGUCACGAUUUGCAUGCUCAUUUUCUUUGCUUGCGCAUUUGUCAUCUUCUACAUUAUCAUCUUUGGCAAGCUUCUCUGCCCGCAAUUCGACAAGGCCUGGAACGUGGACGAGCUAUCUGGCCAUGCCGCCGAGAACGAUUAUUGGGUCGCCGUGCGAGGUAUCGUCUACGACAUUACCGAUUUCUGGAAAGGUAGCCACAGCGAUAUCACUGCCCAACCGUCUUCGAACGACCUAAUGCAGGAACUCUGGGGCCAGGACUUGACUUCGUACUUCCCCAUUCCUCUUACCCUCGGCUGCUCCGGUCUUGUAUCGGACACAACCAUGACUCUCGGCGUUUCCAACCAAAGCACGAUCACAGUCCCCACAGCGAUUCAUACCUCGGGCUCCGCCCAGUCUGUUACGAGCUCCCAGCUCGCGAGUGAAACUUGGUAUACCAACCGGUUCUUGCCCAAGAUGGACGAAUAUUACAAGGGCACGUUGGUGUGGGACUGGAAAACGAUCGAGAGCAAUGCGCUGAACGAUGACACUGGUCGGACAUGGGCUGUUUGGGACGAAAACGUUUAUGACCUGAGCGACUACUUUUACACCAUCGACCAGAACCCGAAUCAAUCCAAGUACGAAUUCAUCGACUCGCGGGUCACGGCUUUGUUCAGGCAACAACCCGGGCAGGACAUUACCAAGAACAUUCGCAGGGAGUUGGACAAAAUGUCUAGCGAAGAUCAAGCCAAGAUCUACGCGUGCAUGAAAAACGUGUUUUACGUUGGCAAGACCGACUUUAGGAAAACCCCCAAGUGCCAAUUCAGUAGUGUGUUGCUUAUCGUAUUUGCGGCAAUCAUAGCUGUUACUAUCCUUGCAAAGUUCUUGGCCGCUCUCCAGCUCACUGGUAAACGCUCGCCCGAAGCCAUGGACAAGUUCGUUAUUUGCCAGGUCCCGGCGUACACCGAAGAUGAAGAGUCUCUUCGCCGAACCAUCGAUUCGCUCACGGUCCUCAAGUACGACGACAAGCGUAAAUUACUGUUCAUCAUUUGUGAUGGGAAUAUUAUCGGAUCAGGAAACGAUCGUUCGACUCCUCGUAUCUGCUUAGACAUUUUAGGUGUGGAUCCUGCGCUCGAUCCAGAGCCUCUACGGUUCAGAAGUGUCGGCGAAGGAUCCAAACAGUUGAAUUACGGCAAGGUCUAUUCGGGGUUGUACGAAUUCGAAGGCCAUGUUGUGCCGUACAUUGUAGUGGUGAAGACCGGCAAGCCCAGCGAGACCUCCAAACCGGGUAAUCGUGGGAAGCGAGACUCUCAGAUUUUGCUGCUUCACUAUCUGAACCGUGUGCACUUCGACGCCCCGAUGAGCCCGCUCCAGCUCGAGAUUUACCAUCAAAUGAGGAACGUGAUUGGAAUCGACCCGGCGUUCUACGAGUAUAUUUUCAUGGUGGAUGCCGACACAACUGUUACUCCGGAUUCAUUGAACCGGCUCGUGGCUUGCACGGCAGACGAUUCUCAGAUUAUCGGAAUCUGCGGCGAGACCAAGUUGGACAACGAGGAAGGCUCGUGGUGGACCAUGAUCCAGAUCUACGAGUACUAUAUUUCCCAUCAUUUGGCUAAAGCUUUCGAGUCACUGUUUGGAUCCGUCACCUGUCUACCCGGAUGUUUUUCCAUGUACCGCAUUCGUACUGCCGACAAGGGUCGCCCAAUCAUCAUUUCGAACCGCAUCAUCGAUGACUACAACGAAGGCAUCGUCGACACACUUCACAAGAAGAAUCUACUGCAUCUAGGAGAGGAUCGUUACCUAACGACCCUCAUGAUGAAACAUUUCCCUACCUUCAAGAUGAAAUUCACGCCCGACGCAAUUGCUCACACUAUUGCACCCGAUCGAUGGAGCAUCUUGCUGUCCCAACGGCGUCGAUGGAUCAACUCCACUAUUCACAAUCUUUGCGAGCUGGUCGUCCUGCCUGAACUGUGUGGUAUUUGCUGUUUCUCUAUGCGGUUCAUCGUGUUUUUGGAUUUGGUCGGAACAAUCAUCCUCCCUGCCACAUGUGUAUACCUCGUGUACUUGAUUGUCAUCACUGCGACAGGGUCUGGGCCCAUCCCCUACAUUACACUAGUCAUGCUGGCUGCGACUUAUGGUUUACAGGCGAUCAUAUUCCUGUUAAAACGUGAAUUUAUGCUGAUCGGAUGGAUGAUAAUUUAUCUAUUUGCAUACCCCGUAUACAGUUUCUUCCUCCCGAUCUAUUCGUUCUGGUCUAUGGACGAUUUCUCCUGGGGUAACACCCGUCUUAUCCAAAACGAAGGAGGCAAAAAGGUUGUUGUCCUACCGGAAGAUGAGGGCUUUGACGAAAGCAUGAUCCCCUUGAAGAAAUUCAGUGAAUAUGAAGCAGAAGCAUGGGAAACAGGGUCGCACAAGUCAGUAGAGUCGAAACAGACAGGCUAUACGCAAGCCAAGUCUUUGUCCGCCCAGGACUUUGCGCGCCGUCGUGCUCAGGAAACAGGUUUCGCAGCGUCGUACCACGCUGGGUCUCAAAGCGGCGAUUAUUACCGAGACACCAACAAGAUGUCUGGUGCAGGCAGUAUGCGAGGUCAUGGUAGUAACUCUGGCCACGGUCCUGGGCUUCGUUCGCAAGGCUCGAAUCCCAAUCUCCAGCAGCAAUAUCUCAUGCCCCAAUUCAGUGGAAUGGGUGGAAUGGGUGGAAUGGGUGUGAACAUGCCAUGGAUGGGCUCUCAGGCCGGUAGUGAUUAUGGAGGGCAUGGCGCUGCAGGCAGUAUGAACAUGGGAAUGAUGGGAAUGAACCCCUACAUGAUGGGCUCUAUGGGCUCUAUGGGCAUGGUCAACAACCCAUAUGCAGCAAGCACAAUGGGAGGUGUUCCUCGAAAUAGCGUAAUGACUAACCUCAAUAUGUUUGGAGGCGGCCUCGAAGCUCAGCAGACGGGCAACACUGGUCUGGGUCUCGGAGGAGGUCUCGGCACAGGGACGGGUGGACGACCAAUGUCUACGUUCUCCAUGGCUACAACAGUAAACCCGCUCGCUGGUGGGCCGAGCCAAAGUACAAACCCGAGCGAUGAAGAGCUUUUGACCGUAUUGAAACACUACUUGGCAAGCCAGGAUUUGUUCUCGGUGACAAAGAAGAGUGCGCGUGAAGCCGUGGCACAACGUUUCCCCAAGGCCGACUUAAGUGAUCGCAAGGACUUUUUGAACAAAUCCAUUGAUACGAUCCUCACAGAAAACGCAUAG